UGUUUACAUCUGGCAGCUGGUCGAUGGCGAUCGUUACGAUUUCUUUGUUCUGAGAAGAUUCGAAUUGGGCUUUGCACCACUUUUUAAGCGUCGAUGUUCAUGGGAUCGGGAUGAUUUAACACAUUUCAAACUCAUUUUACUUUUUUGUUCACAAUCCGUCAUGUUUAAUCUCACCAGUCGUCUAGUUCAAGCCAGAGAGGCCUGCAACCCAGCCUCUCAUCUCGAGGAUGAGAUGGUCAAAGCAGGACGAGAUGCAGAGGAGAAUCUCAUGAAAGAUCUAGUCCAUAAAGCUGGCGUUCCCUCUUCAUACAUCUACCAAGGGCUUAGAGUUCCUGAUACAUUCCAGACAAGACGACAUGAAAUAGAUGUCGUCAUUUUGACAGAGUAUGGAAUCUACUGCAUAGAGGUCAAGAACUGGUCAGGGAAGAUCUCACUGAGCACAGAUGGCAAGUCCUGGGUUCAACAGAGACAUGUCAAAGACUCCAACACAAAGUCCAGCGUGACUUACGAUGCAUCACACAGUAACGUCUUGAAUGAACUCAAAUCUAAGACGCAGUUACUCAGGAACCAUCUCCUGAGGCAUGAAGCUUGCCUCGCAGAAAAGUUCUUCUUCUCAAGAGUAGUCCUGGUGAAUCCCAAGACGGAGCUGGAUAAUUCAUUGUGGAAAGAGAAAGAGAUUGUGACUUUUGAUAGGUAUCCAUUGUUCCUGGACUCGUUGAAGAGGAGCUAUACCGGCAAGGUGGCCAGUUCAAUCGUCCCUUCCUUUAUCACAGGUCAGUUAUCUUACAGUGCAAUGGAAUCAGCCAGGCAUGCGUUGGACCAGAUAGGAACAUGGGAUGUGGUACAUUUGAAUGGAGGAAAACAAAUCAUUGGUGACUAUAAAGGAAACAAGGACCUAAUACUGAACAGGAAGACGGCAUGUAGGAUGGAAUUCAAACACCAACGUAGCUCAGUUCUUGGAUCUCUGUGGGCAGUCAUGGGAUUCACUCCUCAGGUGGUAGUGACAAUCUACAAGCGUGGAGGAGACGGCUGGCUAUGGAAUGCCACCUGUGCACAGGUCAGUGUGUCGUAUGAUGCAGAAAUCUCAUUCAGACCUGCUGGAGAAGAGGUUGAUGCUAAGAUACAAGCCAACGACAUUGAAAGUAUUAUCUUGAGCACGUAACUACACACUGGUUAAGAGGUUGCUGCUAACAUCCAAGCUAAGGACAUUGAAAGUAUCAUCUUGAGCACGUAACCUGUACAUGCCGGUGAAGAGGGUAUACUGCUUAUGUCCAAUUCAAGCUAAGGAUAUUGAAAGUAUCAGUAGUCAUCGCAUUGCACUCCUACGGUUUCAUCGUUGUUUAUUGAGAAUUGUGAUUGAAGAGAAUAUUGGAUUAUGACUAGCAUUAUUUCAAUAUUGUUACACACACACACACACACACACACUUGUUUUUUUUUCUCUCUCUUUUUUGUAUGUAUUAACAUUAUUUGAUGUACAUGUAUGUCCUACUAAAUGCUGCCAAAGUAUACAUUGAAUUUUUCAGAUAUUAAUACUAUUCUCCUAAGUCCUA